CGCCUGCGCCGGCAGAGAAGGGUGCGCUCGGAGGCCGCAGGUCUUCUUGAGAUGAAAGGAUGAAAAUUGGCAACUGGAAAGUCACUGGCACUGUCCUAAGCUUCAUCCUAACUUCUGGAGUCUCAGUUGGUGCCUUUGGGUGUACAAGCCUGUGAGAGUGUCGGCUGUCCUCUUCCAUCGUUUAGACAGUGGCUUGGACCAUGCGUCACUAGCGGGAUGGUUGGCCACCAAAGCUGCAAUGUCGUCCCUGACGACCUCCAGUGAGGGAGAGAAUUCUGCUCCCAGGUUUGUUGUCGGUUCCAGGGAUGAUGAGACAGACUUUCUGGGAUCAAACAUGAAGACAGAUGAAACUGAUUUCUUUGAAGAUGAAGAAGAGGAGGAGUCGCCACCUGAACGACAGAUUGUGGUUGGAAUUUGUGCUAUGACCAAAAAGUCCAAGUCAAAGCCCAUGACACAGAUUCUGGAGCGUCUGUGCAAGUUUGAGUAUAUCACCGUGGUGAUUAUGGGGGAAGAUGUUAUUCUGAAUGAACCAGUGGAGAACUGGCCCUCUUGUGACUGCCUGAUAUCAUUCCACUCCAAAGGAUUCCCCCUGGAUAAAGCAGUUGCUUAUGCCAAGUUGUGCAAGCCAUUUCUGAUUAAUGACCUUGAUAUGCAGUAUUACAUCCAGGACAGGCGUGAAGUAUAUCGGAUCCUUCAAGAAGAGGGAAUAGACUUGCCUCGCUAUGCUGUGCUUAAUCGAGACCCUGACAGACCAGAAGAGUGCAACUUGGUGGAAGGAGAGGACCACGUGGAGGUAAAUGGAGCUGUCUUCCCAAAGCCAUUUGUAGAGAAGCCAGUCAGUGCUGAGGAUCACAACGUGUACAUUUACUACCCGACAUCAGCAGGCGGCGGCAGCCAGCGCCUCUUCCGCAAGAUUGGUAGCCGGAGUAGUGUGUACUCCCCAGAGAGCAGUGUGAGGAAGACAGGCUCCUACAUUUACGAGGAGUUCAUGCCUACAGAUGGCACGGAUGUAAAGGUGUACACUGUUGGGCCGGACUAUGCCCAUGCGGAGGCUCGCAAGUCACCAGCUUUGGAUGGGAAGGUUGAACGGGACAGUGAAGGGAAGGAAAUCCGAUACCCAGUCAUGCUGACUGCCAUGGAAAAACUAGUUGCCCGGAAAGUCUGCGUAGCCUUUAAGGAACCCGUGUGUGGGUUUGACCUCCUGCGGGCCAAUGGCCACUUCUUUGUUUGCGACGUGAAUGGCUUCAGUUUUGUGAAGAACUCAAUGAAGUAUUAUGACGACUGUGCCAAAAUCCUUGGAAAUAUCAUUAUGCGGGAAUUGGCUCCCCAGUUCCAUAUUCCCUGGUCCAUCCCAACAGAGGCAGAAGACAUUCCCAUUGUCCCCACAACUUCAGGCACCAUGAUGGAGCUUCGUUGCGUUAUUGCGGUCAUCCGGCAUGGAGAUCGUACCCCAAAGCAGAAGAUGAAGAUGGAAGUUAAGCAUCCCCGGUUCUUUGAAUUAUUUGAGAAAUAUGAUGGCUAUAAGACAGGGAAGUUGAAGCUGAAGAAACCAGAGCAGCUACAGGAAGUGCUGGACAUCGCACGAGAGCUUGUGGUGGAACUGGGAACCCACGGUGAUUGUGAGAUUGAGGAGAGGAAAUCCAAACUGGAGCAGCUGAAGAGCGUUUUGGAGAUGUAUGGACAUUUCUCUGGCAUCAACCGUAAGGUGCAGUUGACCUAUCUGCCUCAUGGACAUCCAAAAGCUGCAAGUGAAGAUGAAGAAGCUCGUCGAGAAUCUUCCCCAUCUCUUCUCUUGGUGCUUAAGUGGGGUGGAGAGCUGACACCAGCAGGAAGAGUCCAGGCAGAGGAGCUGGGGCGAGCCUUUCGCUGUAUGUACCCUGGUGGCCAAGGUGAUUAUGCUGGUUUCCCUGGAUGUGGCUUGCUCAGGCUGCACAGCACCUACCGUCAUGAUCUCAAGAUCUAUGCCUCAGAUGAGGGACGAGUCCAGAUGACAGCAGCAGCUUUUGCAAAGGGUUUGCUGGCCCUGGAAGGAGAGCUGACCCCCAUCCUGGUGCAAAUGGUGAAAAGUGCCAAUAUGAAUGGUCUCCUGGACAGUGACAGUGAUUCCCUUAGCAGCUGUCAACACAGAGUGAAGGCACGACUGCGUGAAAUCAUGCAGAAGGAUGCAGAGUUCUGUGAAGAGGAUUAUGAAAAGCUAGCACCUACAGGAAGUGCUUCUCUGCUCAACUCCAUGACAUUUAUCCAGAAUCCAGUAGAGAUCUGUAACCAGGUGUUCACCCUGAUUGAGAAUCUCACCUCACAGAUACAAAAACGUCUGGAAGACCCAAAAUCUGCAGACCUGCAGCUGUACCACAGUGAGACUUUAGAACUGAUGCUGCAGCGCUGGAGUAAGCUGGAGCGAGAUUUCCGCAUGAAGAAUGGACGUUAUGACAUCAGCAAGAUCCCUGAUAUCUACGACUGCAUCAAGUAUGACGUGCAGCACAACUGUGCACUGAAACUGGAAGGCACAGCUGAGCUUUUCAAACUUUCCAAAGCCCUGGCAGAUGUGAUCAUACCCCAGGAAUAUGGCAUCAAUAAAGAGGAGAAACUGGAGAUUGCUAUUGGCUUUUGUCUUCCUCUUAUUAAAAAGAUCCAGUUGGACCUACAGAGAACCCAUGAAGAUGAGUCUGUCAACAAACUACAUCCCUUGUACUCAAGAGGAGUUCUGUCACCAGGUCGUCACGUUCGGACACGGCUCUACUUCACCAGUGAGAGCCAUGUGCACUCUCUGCUCAGUAUUUUCCGCUAUGGGGGGCUCCUGGAUGAAAACAAAGACCAGCAGUGGAAGAGAGCCAUGGACUAUUUGAGUGCUAUCUCAGAGCUGAACUACAUGACCCAGAUUGUUAUCAUGCUCUACGAGGACAACAACAAGGACCCAUCUUCAGAAGAACGUUUCCAUGUGGAGCUGCAUUUCAGCCCUGGCGUGAAAGGUUGUGAGGAAGAGCGGAAUGUGCCCACGGGGUUUGGCUUCCGUCCUGCCUCAGCUGAGAAUGAGGACAAGAAAGCAGACCGAGGCAGCCUGGAGGACCUCUCCAAAGAGAAGGGUGUGGAUGAGCCAGACCGUGCACAGCCCAGGUCUCCACAGUCAUCUGAGCCAGUCAGCAUUCAGCGAAGAUCACCACUGAUCAGGAACCGGAAAACAGGGUCCAUGGAGGUGCUAUCUGAAUCUUCUUCCAAAUCAGGAGGUUAUCGCCUCUUCAGCACUUAUUCCAGGCAGUCUUCUGAGAUGAAGCAAAGUGGCUUAGGGUCACAAUGCACCGGCCUGUUUAGCACCACUGUGCUGGGAGGCUCCUCCAGUGCCCCCAACCUCCAGGACUACGCACGCAGCCAUGGCAAAAAGUUUGCUAGCAGCCUGACAUACAAAGACGAGCUCUUGUCUAUGCCAGCCGUAAAACGAUUUUCUGUGUCGUUUGCAAAGCAUCCGACUAAUGGUUUUGAAGGCUGCUCUAUGGUUCCCACCAUUUAUCCCUUGGAGACCCUGCACAACUCCCUCUCUUUGCGACAGGUCAACGAGUUCCUGACAUCUGUGUGCAGGAGCUGCAGUGAAUCACAAGUCCAGUCUACUGCAGAUUUGUUUGAUUCAAUGAUUGGCAGCCAGAUAGCAGGAGACCCUUUUAUGUCCCAGCGAAUCCUAUCAUCCGCCUCUUUGCCACUGCGCCAGCGGUCGGAUAAGCCCCCUUGGUACAGCAGUGGCCCCUCCAGUACUGUCUCCAGUGCAGGCCCAUCCUCCCCAACCUCUGUGGACAACUGUGCUCGCUUCAGCUUCACUGAGAAACUUUCUGUUAGUCCCCCAGGAAGUGAAGAGCAGCUGACAAGCCAGACCCCUGAGCAAGGAGAGAGACAGCCUCCAGGUGGAAGGCUUGAGAUGGAGGUGGGGACGUGUGGGUUGUCCAUGAAGGAGCUAAGUGCCCUGCCUUGGAAUAAGGGCCCUGAGCUAGGCAGAGCCCUGGAGCUGUGCAAGAAGGAGCAGGCAGGGGAGGACUCUAACCCAGAGGAGAAGAGCAUGGUGGAGCUGGAUGAAGAAGAAUCUGCUGGGGAAAUGUUAGAGCCAAAUAGCACGGAGAACCCCAAGUGUGAUGCAGGGUCUGACAUGAGGCUGGCUGGGGAGAGAGUGAAGCUAGUUGAGGGGUGUACAGGACGAACGACUGGCCUGGACCUGUCAGGGCUGUUCAUGGAGAUCUUGGAGCCCUGUGAAGAGGAACUGCUGGGAGAGGUAUUGGACCCACAGCAUAUGGGCAAGGAGCUGCUGGAGGACAGUGGUCUGUCAGGCCAGCCUCUUUCUGGUCAUCUGUGCCAGGGGGUGCCACUGUCUCCUGAGAAAAGCGUGGAGGAGCUGCAGCUGUUGUGUCAGGAGGAUCAGCUCUCUGGAUAGGACACGGAGCACUUUGAGCCCAGAGGCAGCCCAGCUUCCUGUGCAGCGGCACCUCAUGCAGCUGGCUGUCCACAGCACAAGCCAUGUCUGAAGGCCACAGGACUCUGGUGUGUGGAAGAGUCUGCUCUGCUCCUCUGCAAGCCAGCUCUUUGCCAUUCAGCAAGGCACAACACCCCAUCUGCCUUGUUAAAUGAACAGCAAAUGCAGUCUUGGUACUGGCAUGACACCUUCAUGGCGUGUAUACUUGCUGGAACAGCACAGUUAGGGGAUUGUUACAGCCAAGUUUUUUGGGGUGGUAAGUCCAAAGAGGAGAGAUGCUCCCUUGAGAUUUUUUGGCUCAUAGUCUUCAGAGAGAGGCAUUCGGGGCCCAAAGGAAUCAUCCAUUACAACCACCAAACUCCUCUCUGUACCUUCCUUCUCCUGCUCUCAAUUCCCACUACUGGCCACCAGAAAAAACAGUUCAAUGGCAGAAAGACUAGAGGAAGCAGAAAACAUUCUGAAUGAGCAUGGGAAAGAGAGUAAAGAGGGGGUAAGGUUCAAGAUGGCCACUUUCAAGAAUACAUCUCUUUGGUGUGGACUUAAAUGUUUUUCUGCUGCGGUGGAGCAGGCAGGCAGGAGCCUGUGGAUCCAGCCUGAAAGAGGUGGGCAGGGAGGACACACACGGGUUGUUUUUUUUCUAGUCCCCAAGGGUCAGGCAGGAUACAGCUCUGAAGUCUUGGUGACAGAAAUUAAAACUGUUAUUUGAACAAAUCAGGAUUACUAGAAAUCAAUAAUAAGAAAAGUUUAUUAUAUAAAAUGAAAACUAUUUAAAUACAUAUUUAUGUAAAUUACUUAUGAGCACAAGCCUAAGGGCAAGAUUGACGCAGGUGUCCCUGCUGCAUCUUGAGUGCAGGCCAGGGCUGUGCCUCCUGUAUUUAUGGACAAGUCUGCGUGCUCGUCUGUAGCUAGGAUCUGUGUAUUUGUGAAGCUGUGCCCAAAGAUCUCCACACUGUGUUGUGAUGAUGUGUGUUCACAGUAAAUCUAUGCUGUGGGU